CGGGGAGGGCAAAGCAGGCGGCAGCGGCUCGAGCGAGCGAGCCAGCGACCAGGCGGAGGAAGCGACGCCUUCUCGCGCGCGGAGGGGGGGGGCGGUUUCGGGCGAACGCGGGACGUUUCCGUGGCCGGCCUUCCCCUUUGGCGCGCGGGAGGGCUCAUCCUCCUCCGCCGUGAAUGUUGGUUGCAGCGGCCGCGAGCCCCUGCGGCAGGAGGAGACGGCUCCGUUCCCCUCCUCCCCUCCCCGCCCCAGCGCCUGGCAGCCAAGGGCACGCAAGGCCUUGCAGCAACCCGGGCUCCCGGUUCCGUAGAAUUGGGGGGGUGCAGCUGCCCAAUUCUGAACCAGCCGGACGGCCGCUGGGUAAAACUGGGUUCACCAUCUGACUUUAAACAUUAAAAACUUUUGGUGACUAAAAGAUGUGCCAUGGAAUGGUAGGAGCAAAGAGCACCACAACAUCGUUGCUUGCCUUGAUCAGUCAUGGGAUAUUUUUUCCAUUCUUUAUCUUCAGUUCCUGUAUGGUGGAAGGAUUGGACUCAUACUGUCCACAGCCAUCCAAACCUGAGAAUGGAGGUUACAAAUGUCAUCCAACGCCUUGCAAAGACCCACUGACAUCUGACAGUGUCAUAGAGUAUUUCUGUGACAAAGGUUAUGUAUUGAAAGGAGAUUACAAAUAUUUGACUUGCAAGAAUGGCAAGUGGAAUCCAGAACUGGAGGUUACCUGUAGACUUAGCCAAGAUAAAGGUUCUCCUCCAAGUGUAGGAGUACCCACCUUAUCCAUAGUGGCUACUACAGCAAGUUCGGUUGCUUUCAUCCUUCUCCUAGUUGUAUUGUUUGUUUUGCUACAACCAAAACUGAAGUCAUUUCAUCACAGCAGGCGUGAUCAAGGUGUUUCUGGGGACCAGGUUUCUAUUAUGGUGGAUGGAGUUCAGGUAGCUUUGCCAUCUUAUGAAGAAGCUGUCUAUGGCAGUGCUGGAAACUGCAUAUCCUCCUCAGAUACACGGAUUCAGAUCGUCCUUUCGGAAGGCGCUGGACAGAGCGAGGCAAGGGAAAUGCAACAGCCACCACCAGACGAAGUGGGUCCCAGUGGCUUUAUUAGGGAGGAUGAAACCCCUGGACGCUCUGGAUUGGGUGAAGCUGGCAGCUCACACCACUCAGAAACUGUUCUAGUGCAUCAGGCGACCACAUCUUCCUGGGUGGCUGGCACGUCCAGUAGUAAAACUGGGCACAAAGAGACUUCAGACUCAGAAAACAGUGACGUACAAAGCCUUUUAUCACUCGCUUCCUCAGAGGAAUACAUGGAUGAUAUUCCAUUGUUGAAAGAAGCAUGAAGGUUACAACAGUCGUCAAGUCUACACUCUCUCUAGUUUCCUUUUCGGAAUGAUAAGCGCUUCAUGCUGGCUUUCCCUUCCUUGAAGUGCUGCACCCUGAAUAUUUCCAGAAAAUAUCCCUUAGUUGAAGAUCCAAAGGAUGCCACCAAGACACCACCUUCAAUGCAUCAGUGGGGUGCACCGGUGCCAGCUCUCUUCUCCAUCUCAUUCUAUAAGCAUUAAAGGAGGGCUUUAGACUCAAGCCUUCCUCCAGCCUCUCCUCUUUCCCAGACAGAUGAUUUUGAGUCUCUGGAGAGUUGCCAUUUACUUGUGCCUUGCUCCUUCCUUCUCACACUGGCUCGCUGCAAUUUCUCAUCAGCCUUGCUAGCUUCUGGACGUCUCAGAAAGCAGGGUCAAACCCACAGCUUGCUUUGUUUGGUGCAGAUGGUUUUGUUCUAUUUAUUAGCUACAUUAUGAAGGCAAGAAGAAUGCCUUGAGAUGGCCUGAGUGGGAGGGAGUUUAUAAAAGUGACACAUACUGGUUGCUGAGACCUCAGGUGUUGAAAAUUGUAUAAUCCGAACUGCACAUCAACACAUUAAUAAGCAGUGCUGGCUGUGUUAAAUGGAAAUUGCUACUGACCACUUCAGAAAAAAAUAGCUUAGGCUGCUUCUUGUGCUCUGUUUUCCUCAAGGGUGAAAUGACUGUACCUCUCAUAUAUUUGCAUUCAUUCUUUUCUUUUUUUCAUCCCACCACAUCCACUAGGACAUUCUUUAUCUCUUUGAACAUGCUGGGUGGCAUACAUUGAGGGCUGCAGAAAACUUUUGAGAAAUUCCCUUGUAUGUAGCCAGAUUUAAGAGCACUUGCAUGGCUAAGUCCAUGUCCUCAUCCUAUCAGCAAUACUGUGGCCGUAUUACAGCUGAUCCAAAGCCUUCCAUAUAUGAUUGGUUUAGUCUCUUUCAAAUAUCAGUAGAAUGUCAGUUUGUUGCUUUUGAGUAGCAUUAUCUAUCACCUGUCACAUGCGUUCCUGUGUCAGCUCACACAGAGUGAUUUUGGCAUUGCUACUUUAUUUUGUUGCUGUGGUUGAUUUCUGUCCUUGUGGAGGUAUUGCCAGGGCCUGCAUUUUCUUCAGCUAACAAUUGUUAAUUUAAAGUAUUGAUCAUGGUUAGCAAGUAUUUAGCUUUUGAAAUUGGUAUGUCCAAUUGCCUUGAAUGAACUAGUGAUAGCCUGCCUUAAAAAAGAGCCAUGCUGCUGUUUGUCCAGAUGCAAGAUCCUCCCUUCCUCGACAUGCUAUAUUUUUGUGUGUGUUGCCUUCUGCAUGCUACUUCCACUUGGAAACUUCUUACUAUGCAGGGAACAUGCUUGUUUACCUCACGUCCUCUCGCACAAGUCUGCUUUUGCUCUUGUUUUUCUAGCUAUCUGUGAACGUUUCUUGAUGACAUUAUGGAAGUACUGAUUCAAUAGCUUUUCUUCAAGUGAACCUCCCAAAUCAAGACUUUUUGUGUGAUUUCCCAAAGAUUUGUACAACAGACGUAAGCAGCUUAAGUACCAGUUCUCCACCUUGUCCCAGACUUGGGGACAUGCCAGCUGUAGGCAUAAAGAACUUGGAAUGGGAAAUAGCUUUUGCCUCUUUGGAUGGCUGCCCAUAAUCCCUGGUUUUAGGUGGCCUGCACAAGCUCAGAAUUAUGAGUAUUCUUGUGAAUAUUCCUGACAGAAAUGUAGUAUUGAAAGCAAAUACUUGGAAAAACCACAGCUUUCAUUUUAUCAAAUAAUAAAGGUAAAAUCUCUGACCUUUGUGAAUAUAUUCCUGCAAAUUUGUAGGGUAAUGUUUAUGACAAUCUUAAGGUGUAUAGUAGAAUUUGCUGUGGCAAUGUGACAAAACUUUAGAACUCUGCAUGUUUUCUUUAUCCUUCAGGAUGUGCAGAAGUACUGAGGAAACCAAUAAUUUGCUUGCUUUUAAUAAUAUGACAGAGGCAAACAAUUCUGGAUUUUCCUGGGGCCUGAUACUGGUAUCAAUAUAUAUUGCCUUGGCUUUGAUUCUGCUCUCUUGUAAGUGAAUGGAUACAUAUCAAAUAUAUAUACAUCUCAUUACAUAGAAGAUGUUUCAGUAACAGUUAGUAAGCAAAUGUGCAGGAAGAGCUAGCCAUAACUAAUAUUAUACAGAGGCUAAUAAGGCUGUGCAAAUCCUUUGAAAGAGCUGCUUCCAGAAACAAGGCUAUGUACAAAACACCUCUUCCUCAAUCAAACAAAAACCUUUUUGCCAAGUUUGUGCUGUCGUUUCCAGCUAUCUCUACCUGUUUUUCCCCUGUGACUACUUUAGUGAAAAGAGGAGCUUUGAUUGAAAUCCCACAAAGUUAGAAGCACUUCUUUUGAAGGAGUUAGGAGAUCCUAAUGACUAGGGGCAUAUAAUUUCCUAAACCAAAUAACCACAAUAAUGUUUAUCAUACUGUAUAGACCUAGCUAUUGUGGUUUAUAAAUGUUGAUGAAUGAUUUAUCAUGGUCUGUGAACACAGCCAAUUAACUUAUUCAGUAAGAUUAAGUAACUGGCUUAGUGCAGUGGUAAAUAUUUUGGUUGAGAUGGAGAUGUCUUAAAGUAUGUAGAGUGACGUUUAUCUAAUACCGGUUUCUUUCUGGACUCAUACGACUGGAUUAGCCUUGAAUAUGAAUCUUCUCACUCAGCUGUGCGGUUUUUAAACCAUUGCAUUUUAUGUAAGAACUCUGAAAUAACGUAUUCUCAUUCCAUCAAAGUUUAUAAUCCUGUGUUUCCCUUCAAAAGAAAGGUUUUGGUGGAGCAGAUCAUAUUAUUAGCUUGGAUGCUAAUGGGAACCACACAAGGAAGGCAUGCAAGCACUGGCAUCCUUCCUUUUUAAUAUGUAGCCAGCAUGUUCUGUGUACUGCAUCCGUAUUCUCUGGAAACCUUUAGUAUAGAUAAUCUUUAUAAAGGAUUUAGGGUCCUAAUAUUUUAGCUGAAUAAUUUAUAGCUGGAUCUUGUGAUUUUUUUUCAGGGCAAGAAAUAGCUUUCCUUUGUAGAAAACUGAAUUUUGAAGAUCAACAAUAAAAAUGCCAUCUUCAAAAUUGUUAAGUUUCUUUUCCCUUUAAAAUGUAAUAUUCUCAGGUUCUUGAUCUGAUUGGCGAAUUCAUAUAAAGCAAAGAUACCAAUCAAUAGUUGUUAAGUAUAUGCUGGGGUAUCUGCUGAAGAUGUAAAUGAAUAGAAUAUUUUUUUAAUUGACAUAGUUCUGACGCAUCAAAGAGCAGUAACGUAGUUGGAAGGGCUGCUACUCCAACACUGUGUAGUUCUUAGGUGCCUAAUUAUUCAUUUAACUUUUUGCAGCCUUUUAUAGGGAGAACUAGAUGCUGUAAGAGCACACUUUGUGCCUUGCAGGAAUAAAAUGUGGUUCUGGUUUUUAAAAUGUGAGCCUUUUCUGAAACUUGAGUCUCCUGGUUAAUCUUGUUCUUCUGAUGAAUGAAUGCUUGCCAUUCCAUCCCCCAUUUUAUUACAAAUCCUGGUUGGUAGAUGAACCCAUGAAACUGCCUUAAAGUGACUUAGAUUGAUCUGUCUAGUUCAAUAGAUUUUUUUUUGUUAUUACAAAGGGUUUUUUUUUUUCAUUCCAGUAGUUAUCAUUGAGAUGAGUUGGUGAACAUAUGGAUCAUAUGUGAACUAUAUAAAUUAACCAUAGGACGUUUUUCUCUUCCACUGAGAAAAGUUAUUUCCUUAUUCUUCCACCCAAUACAUGCUGAAAAUAAGACAUUUAACUUAAAAUGCAGUGCUGCUUUUCUGUGGUGAAUAUGUAUCAAGUGGAUUGAAGUGCACUAUAGAAAGCUGCCCUUUAAUGAGGAUGUGAGGCCUGAGCACCCCAUUUUUCUCAUAUAUUAAUGAUCAGUAUAAUAUCAGUAUCUUAAAAAAAAACUGCCACUCUUACUAUUAUUGCAAGACUAGAUCUGAAGAGGACACAUCUUUCCCAGCAUUUCCUUCAUUUUGAAGGAAAAGCUGAAGCUUGAGAAUCCAUGCCUGUUAAAAUAAACAGGACUACCAAGUUCUUUUUUUAUUUUUUAUUUUCUUGCCCUUGUUUUUGAAGUUUCAUAUAAAAUAAGAAGUGGGGGGGAAAUGUUUGAUUGAGAAUGAAUCUGCUUUUGUGCUUUAAUAUUUUAAAAACUGCACAUUUAAGGCCUGAAUACAGUAAUACAAAAAAUACACAGGUAAUCCUCGAGUUACGAAUGUAAUAAAGCCUGUCAACUACAUUCAUAAUCCGAGAAUUCGUUAAUUGUAUCACGUUAAAUGAAUGAGCCCCUUCUGCUUUCCCCGAUGCAUUUGUUAGUCAAAUGCACAGGUUGUUAAGUGCACAUGAGGUAUCUGAGGAUGGGGAAGACCGUGGGGUGGUGGUGGAGGGGCCUAGUGCUAGAACAGGCCACCCAAGGCCUCCCCUCACCCACUGAAAUAUCUCAUGCUCCACUUGCAAUCCCUUGGGGUCCCCAUGGUUCCUUGGGCCUUUUCUGCACCAACUCCAUAUCCCCAAUCACUCACUUACCUUUCCAGAGUUCCAGAACAGGCCGACCCGCAUGGCAGAGAAGUGGCCAUCUUUUUCUCAGAUGCUGUUUUCCUUAGAUCUUGCAUUCUUUCACCGACACGUAUUUGCGCAGAGAAUGGAAUCGUCUCUAAGAACGCAAGAUCUAAGGAAAACAGCCUCACCAGCAUCUGAGUAAAAAAAAAAGUGGGGGGGGUUUCUGCCCUGAGGCCAGCGUUGUUUGGUCCUGUCCUGGACGGUGCCAUGGGUACUUUCCACGUGCUGCUGGGUGGCUGGUUUGAAUGAGUGGCUCCAGGCAUUGCGGCGUGAAAGCAGUGGCAGCAGCCAAUCAACAUGGCUCUUUUUUUUUUUUAUGCUGUUUUGACUGGAAGAGAAUGCGAGAGCCACUUCGGGGAUUACGGUGCGAACUCAGCAGAGGCAGUCAAUCAACAUUUUUUUUUUUUGGCAGUGUUUUGGCUGGAGGAGGAGGUGGGACCACUGGGUAGUUGGACAGCUGGCUGUGGCAGCAGCGGGAAAACCAAGCUGAAGCCCGGGACACCCUCGCCUCUUGCAGUGAACCCGUCAUUGCAGCUGGGGGGGGAGGUCAUGCCUGAGAGUCCCAUGCCGCACAUGCAGGAGGUGCUUGCUCACCUCCUGCAAUGCCUUGGGUGCCAAAGUUUGAGGCAUACUCCCUGGCAGUGGCAAAUGGGCAUACCUAGCUCUCCAUCUCUCUGUCUCCGCGGCAGCAAUUGGCGAGGUCCACAUGGGGUGGGGAGGAGCAAGCUGGAUCAGACCUAGCAAAGCAGGCCUAGUGUGUGUGGAGACACCCGGCGUGGCAGGAAGGAUGGGGAGAAAGAGGCAGGAGCUCGUUGUAGCAUCUCGCCAGUUAGCCAUAAGGGCAAACGAUUACUGUGAUGCUGCAACAUACCUAACUUUGGGACUGGGUCGUAAGUACUUCGGGGGGGUAGGUGUCAUAACUUUGAACUGUCACUAAGUGAACUGUCGUAACUCAAGGAAUACCAGUAUGGAGGAAAGUAUAGAAAAGAACUGAAGAACAUUAGAUGCUUAAGGGUAGGCUACAUCUAUUAAGCAUUCUUCUGAGUCGUCUUCCCAGGAAACUUCUUUUAAAAACACUGGAGCACUUUUUAAUGAUUCAGAUUUAGCUAUUUUAAGUAAAUACAUUAUAAUAAUCACUUCCUGCUAUUUGUGGCAUAUGUAAGGGGUCUGCAAGUCCAUUUCCUGAUUAAAAUGUUACAUCGGUGUCAGCAGCCCUCAGACACUGGAUAGAUAGAUGGGCAGCUAGAUCUGCAGCUUGAAAAGUUUGCACAAUCAAUUAGUAGUUUCCACUUCCUUGCUACAAAAUGCUUUUUUUUUGUUUUUAGUCUCCAGGAAUCUCAGUACUCUUUCAGUUUUCCUUCUUUUUUUGCUACCUGUAAUGUUUACUCAUUUCAAGUAUACUAAUACAAGAAUAACCAUGAUACUAAUUAAAAUAUUUACAAGGGGUAUGUGUGUAUGGAAAGCGGUUCCAGAACCAAAGAUGUUUUUGUUAAUUGUGCUAGGUUGAGUAAUAGUUCAUACACAACUGUGGUAUGUAAUCCUAUACCCUCAUUAUUGUGAGGUGAGUGUCUAUACAGUGCAAAAAAUUGAAACUACUGUGUCUUCUCAUUGUUUUCCAAUAUAAUGUACCCAUGCAAUUUUCAGACAUUGCUUAGAAGCAUAGAAACACACCAUGUGUCACGUCUAACUCAUACUUUACAUGACAGAUCAUAACUGGAUUUGCAAUAAUUAUUGCAUUGUAUGCCAGUAAACACACAGACAUAAACUAAUCAUCUGUGGUCAACCUCAGGUCCCAGAGCUUGUGUUCUGCAAAUCCCUAAGAAGUACAUGGCAUUUUCUUAACGUUUUAAUGUUAACUACUGUAUACAGUAGAUGCAAUCGCAAUGCUGUGAAUCAGAUUUCAGUUUCCAUUAUUACUCUUAUAUGUGUAUCACACACACUCCCAAAAGGAGUAAUGUGCUUUGAAGAGGGGCAAGUUGGAAAUCAUUAAAUGGCACAUCACACCACAUUUAGUGGUAUUUUACGGAUUUCAAACCCAUGUCUGCUUCUUUUCCUCGAUGCUUUUUAAGUAUUUUUGAACUUGAUCACCUCUUUCAUGUUGUUAAGAUUCCAGAGGAAAUAUCAUUGGAUAAUUAAAAACCUCUGUGUUAAUGUAAAUCAUUUUCUAGCUGGUGAGCUAAGGAACAUAGCUGUCAAUUUCUGCUGGAAAUUUGACUUAUGCUUCAUUUUUCAUGGAAGUUCACAGAGUUCAGACUAAACAUCCUGUUAGAACAAACAUUCAGGCGCAUAUUUACACUGUAAUGCAGAUGACAGGCUGUAGGUAGCUGGAGAUACAAAAGAGGAAAACCUGGUUGCCUUCAGUGCUUUUUAUUUGUAAUCUGAACUGCAUCACUUAGGAAUUUAUUGGAAUUUAUUUACAGAAUGGUACUCGUAUAUAUAUAUCUAUAUCCAUAUAUAUAUAUAUAUAUGGGAUUUUAAAGAUUCUAUAAUACUGUGCAGGAUGGAUCUAUAUAUACGUGUGUGUGUGUGUGUGUAUGUGUGUGUGUGUAUGUGUGUGUGUGUAUAUAUAUAUAGACCCAUCCUGGACAUUGCAGUGGGUGUGAUGAUAGUAUUUUAAUAUUUGUACAAAAUUUAAUUUAAUUUCAAUUCUAUGUAUAUAACUGCAUUUCUAAAUUAAAAUACUUUUUGAAGUGAA